UUUAUGCAGAGGACAUGGGUCAAAAAGGCAUCUCUUUAAACACUGACUGUAAACUGUAGAUUUUAGGAACGUCAUAUUAGUUAGAAGUUAGUUGUUUUGUUUAGUGUUUUCCACCACUUCAUUUUCACCAUCCAUAAUUCCAGUGAGCUGUUUUGUAAUAAUACCGUACUUUCCGGACUAUAACCUGCUACAGUUUUCACACGCUUUGAACCCUGCAGUUUAAACAAUGAUGCAGCUAAUUUAUGGAUCUUUACGGGUUAACGAAGUUCAUAUCACUAGCAAUCACUGACUUUUCUGGUAGGCUACUGUGUGUUAUACUAGUAUUGUAUACUUGUCCAUGAAUGGACGUAUGUGCAUAUAUAUACAUAUAUGUGCAUAUAUGUGCUAAUGUUAGCUUCGGCCCUGGAGCAGAUCACUAAGUCUCCCUUGUUCAUUCCAACUACGGUCAGGGCUAUGAAGCAGGUAAGAGCUAACAUGUAACCAGACAUGUUACAGGCACUGUUUGGAAAAAAUCAUUUAUUUAAUUAAAAGUGAAAAAAAAAAAAUUCUGCACAAAAAUCCCAUGUUACAACAUGGACACCUGUGGCUUAUACAGAAGUGUGGCCAAUAUAUGUACAAUUAUUUUUUUAAAUUUAGUGGCUGCAGCGUAUAUUCAGGUGUGCUCAAUAGUCCGGAAAUUACGGUAAGGUUUUGUUUCCUCAUAUGUCAUGAAUGAUUCCAUGAUUUGAACUGUUGUCAUUUGGUUUUGGAUUCGUACCAUCAGGUGAAGAGACAGUUUCCAGAAGCUAGAUUAGCGCCUCACUCUUCUAACUUCCAGUCCCAUCCUCCUCCCCGCACUCCACCAAAACAAAGCACGGGACCCCCGAGAGACAAAAGUGACAAAACCCAAUCGUCGGAGGACUCUAUGGUGGCAAAAGCUGUGUCGAAAAUGGGAACGCUGCUGACUGCGGUGAGUAAAAAAUCCGGACAGCCUCCAGUCAUCCACCCACCUUGGAACAAAGCCAGGGUUCGACCGAUGGACGCGGGGGAUCAUGGAGCAAGAGAAAGGCAAGAAGAAAAGAAUGAGCGACUGGCCGGCAAAGGGCGAGAGAGAUUAGAGUUGGUGAGGACAGGAAAUAAUGCAUGGGAAAGAGAGAACUCCUCAGAAAGAGGAAGAGAAAGACCUGAAAACCAAACACGGGGAAAGGACAAAACAAACGGCCUGGGCAAUGCUCUUAUUGGACCGAACGGCGUCUGGCCUGAGCACAGGGGACAGCUGCCCGGCCUGUCGUCGUUUGGCCGCUCUUUCAGCGCCGACCACAGCAUGGUCAUAGAUGGUAGUUAUUUCCAAACGUCAGUUGAAGCCAGCAGGCCCCCGGUGUUGAGACAAAAGCUGAGCAAGUCCCUCGGUCUUAUCUCCCUCACCAGGAGGCUGCAAGGCCCUGCCAGGGUGGGAACUGAGCAGUGGAGGGAUGACGUCAGCUGGGACAGGGGACAGGAGAUCCACAGGAAGAUCAAUGGCCCCAUAGGAGACAUGACCGUGUCCGCCUCAGUGUCAGAGAGACCCCGAGGAGACGCCAGGAGGUGGGGGGUGGACGACCAAGAGGAGGAAGUCUCCUCUGGUGGCUGGUGGAGACGAGGGAAACGGUUUCACGACAGUGAUUCCGAGACUGCAAGUGGGGGCAAAGAGUCUCCCUCGGAAUUUAGCCUCUCUGACGAUACGAGUCCAGGUCCAUCCAUUACCACUGAGCAGGACAAGACAGAGAGCGAAACAGAGACGGAGAAAAAUCAAUCAGACUCCGGGUCGGACAAGGAAGGAGACACUCCUGACAGGAGAAAAGAGUCGGAAAGCAGAGGUCGAACGGAGGAAGGAGAAGGUUCCGGGUCUGGGUCUGGAUUAGAGAGUGACAAGGAGGACAAACGUGCAAAGCACAGUGCAAGUAAGAGUUCAACGAGCAGUGACAGUAUUAGACACAAAAGUGCCAAAACAAGAAGCAGGAAGUCGUCGAACAGCCAGACAAAUAAGAGCAACAGUCGAAGAAGUACAGCUUCUAGUUCAAGGCCUAGACGUUCAAGACUCAAAACUUCUAGUCGGCCGAUUUUUUCCAAAGAUGUCUCUGAGGAAGACAGCGAUGAACUGGAGAGUGAGAAGGAGGAGGAGUCAGGGGAGGAAGAGGGGAGAAAUGUGGGCUCACACAAGUCGUUGCCAAGAUCCAGAAACAAGUCGUCGGACAUCAACUCAGGUCUCGUAGAAAACUCAGACGACUUGUCACCCAUACUUGAAGAUGAGGAGGAGAACGAUGAAGAGGAUGAAGAAAGCAGCGACCAGGCGGGAAAAGAAAACGGAGAGGAUGAAGAGGGAUAGGCCGAGUGAGGAGGCCGUGCGUUUGUCUCACCACGUUCUCCGCUCAGUAAGAUCAGAUUGAGAUCGUGAGUGGUCUUUACUGGAGUUCUUUUUUUUGUCUGUUUGCUGUGAUUUCCACUGAAUUUAAAUCACCACCGCUGCUGCUGCUGCUGCCCUCACACAGCGUCCUUUCCAGUUCAGACUUCAUCCUUCCCGUCUAAAACAGUUUACUGCACUUGUCUCCUUGGGUGAGCACUCUGAGUUUCCUUACAACAGGUCUGACACUUCCACGCUGGUCCCAACCCUUUGCUCUCUGUAGGUUGUCUCUCUCGUCUUUGUUAUUUCCCCGUCAGUCCUCCUGUUGCACAAAGGUUCCUUUUCCAACCCAGAUAUUCCUCCUUUUAUCCAUGCUAAUGGUAUAGUAUGCUUGAAGCAUCCCAUACUGUAAGUCACUUUGAUAAAAGACAACAAUCUUUGUGAGGUACUAUGGUACGGUGCAGUAAGGUUCCAAAGUACUUCCUCAGUUUCCUGUCAUUCUCACUGCAGGUUUCAACACUGUCGUCCCUGCAGCCUUGCUGUGGCACAGGAUCUGUGUUUGCUGUGGAUAGUACAUUAUAGUAUAGUAAAGUAUAAUAUACUCUAUACAGUGCACUAUAUAGAGUAUAUUAUAGAUCAGGCAUGGGCAAACGUUUAGACUGGUGGGCCACAAUUGUACUAGAAUUGAACAGGGUAUGUAAAAGGACAUGUAAAAAUUCACAAGUAUCAAAUUCAUAAAUGCUAAAAUGCUUUUAUCAUUUUAUACACCAUCUAUUGGGGAAACGUGGGUAUUGCCGGGAAAAGGCAGAAGUAUAAUUAUAACAUGAAUAAAUGAUUUAAUCUGGAAAACUUUGAGGGCUGGAUUAAAAAGCUGAACGGGCCACAUUCGGCCCGCAGGCCUUAGUUUGCCCAUGCCUGUUAAAGUACAUAGAUGGAAGAUAGCACAUUUAAAUCUUAAAAUGUACCAUCUUCCAUUAUAACACACAUGUUGCUUACAUGGUCAUUAAUGGGAAACUUAAAAUAAAUAAAUUAAAUUCUUCUGACUUAAGGUCCAGCUCUUUUUACAUAUUCUCUACAAGACGUUUUCACAGCUUAUCAACUUCUAAACAUGUACAUAAUUAGUAGCACAUAAAAACACAUCCUAAGAUAACAGUUGGUUUCACUGUACAUACAGUUAUGGUAUGGCAUAUUUGUUUUCAAAUAGUGGGGCAGGGGUGUGGUGAGGUAC